AUACAACGACAGGCGGCAACAGCAAAGGAGACGGAUGGUAGCAGAUUUUCAUCCCAGCUCGCUGAAAUUGGAACAUUUUACUCCAACCAACACACCCGCAACGCGACGUACGUACGAGACGUGUACAAACAUCAUCAUCAUCACCACUACCAACGCACCGAGUUCUGUCAAAGUCAGUCGUUUUGUUAUGUUUAUUCGGUGUCUGACGGAAUAAUUUUUAAAUCGUCGCAAUUUGGAAAUUUUGGAUCCGUUUUUCCCGUGGAAAGUGCAGUGUUUGUGAAUUAGUGGUAUCAGUGAUGAUAGUUAGGGUGAUUUGUGCCAAAAACUUUCUAAUAUCUGAGUAAUAAUCAUUCUCUUCACGAGAAUAAGAAAAAUAUUUAUUAAAAAAAAAUAAAAAGUGUUUCUCCCCUUUUUGAUUAAAUUCUAAUAAGAAAACAGAAUAAAAAGUGCAAAAUGGAUCCAAAUCGUGAUUCGCGCUACAACCUCAACUACAGCAUGAUGAUGAGUGACGGCCAAGAAAUUUACGGCAAUCCAAAUGUCACACUUGCUCGCCCGCCCAGCGGUUUAGGCCAAGUAAUGUCGCGCGGCGGCGGCGGUGGCAACGGAGGUCAGAUAAUGCCAAAUUCGCAAUGCGCCGGAAAUCGCGGCAUUAAACGUGGCGCAAGCCAGGACUGCUACGACGAUCGUGGCAUGGCACCGCAGAAUAUGGGCGGUGGCGGCGGCGGACUCGAUUGCGGCACAAAUAACGUGCAAGAUGUCGUCAACGAGACAAAUUAUACCUCACUGCAACCAAAGUCGGAAAAGUCGCCGCCAAGCAAUGGCAAGAAAACGAAAGGUCGUGUCAAGAUUAAAAUGGAAUACAUAGACAAUAAGUUGCGACGCUACACGACAUUUUCGAAGCGCAAAACGGGAAUUAUGAAAAAGGCCUAUGAACUCUCAACGCUAACCGGUACCCAGGUGAUGCUUUUGGUUGCCUCCGAAACCGGUCACGUGUACACAUUCGCGACGCGUAAGCUACAACCAAUGAUAACGUCAGAGGCUGGCAAGGCGCUGAUACAAACGUGCCUAAAUUCGCCGGAUCCGCCAAAUGGUGCGGUGGGCGAUCAGCGCAUGUCUGCCACCGGUUUCGAAGAGACCGAACUCAGUUAUAACAUAGCCGACGAGGAUUCUAAAGAUGAACGAUCUGGUGACUCAUCAGGUGCCGAAUCCGACGAUUCGUCAGGAGCAGAUUCGCCCGGUCCCGCAUCUCUUGGUCCUUCGCAACUGACGCAAAGUAAUUUGCACAGCUUUAAUGGAAGUAACAACUUUGUUUCGUCCUCCUCGUCUAACAUGCCAAGUUUAUCGAUGCCUUCGUUGCAAGUAACGACAUCAGCGGCGGCGGCGGCGACAGGCUCUUCUUCGUCAGCAACGCAAAAAAUGGAUGCAACCACAAUUAAAAUACCGACGCUUACGGCAACACCAACAUUAUCGGGCAAUGGAGUUAUUUAUCCGGCGGCUGCGUUGGCAAACUUACCACAGGAUGUUCUGGUUCAACUUGUGCAAUCGGGUCAGCUGCAAGUUCAUACGGAUGCCGACAGUGGCAAUCAGUACAUCACAAUUCCGAUUCCGUUGCAUCAAGCGAGCAGCGGAUCUCCCUCUACCUCGUCGAAAAAUGUCAAAAGUAUGAAUGGUGACUCGCCCAUGCUAAUGAAAGAUAUCAACGUCAAAACGGAGAUUAACAAUGAUUAGUGUAUGAUACUUUUUGUGUUUUCUUUUAAAAUAUUCUUUUUAUUGCUCUAAUGAAUGUCUUUUUGUUUCCUGAAAGAAAAAGAAGAAGAAAAAAACAUGAAAAUCAUAAAAUUACAGUACAACUUCAUUUUUAACGUAAUUUUUUUUUAUAAUAAAUAUAAAUUUUUUUGUUUGUUUGCCAAAUUUGUAUCUCUUUUGUCUUAAAAAUAUUUUAGUUUAGCUUAAAAAAAAACUUUUGUUAGUUCUACUUAAACAACACUAACAAUCAAAAACUUUGUUAAUUAUUAUAACUACGACGACGAGUUUUAGUGAUUUAAUUCGGCCUACAUAGUUUUUCUACAUAAUUUUCUCAUUGUAUAGUGAAUCAAAAGUGGUUUGGUGCGAAAAAUGCAUUCAACAUACACAUUGAAGAAAGUAAAAACUCAUUAGCAUUAAUUAUACCGCACUAUUCCCGAAGCAUGCAGCGAGCGGGUGGUGUACCUUCUGUUGUGCAAGCAACAAACAAAACUUUAAUUAUAAUACAUUGGGAAAAAGUUUCGUCCCGUUUUAUCACUUUUGCCACAUACAUCUUCGUUAAAACGCUUUAUACAUCGAGAAAGUUGCUUGAAAUUUUAUUUUUUUACUCAAAUUUAAUUUUUUGUUUGUCUUUGCCGUAACAUGCAAGUUUUAACAAGUUCAAGAAUAAUAAAAUAUAAAACAAUGCCGACUGUCACAAUAAAUUUUGCGGGAAGGAAGAUAUAAAAUUGGUUUUACGCUUCAAAUUAUUUCUUUUUAAAAUCUUUUUUAUUCUCGUUUUAUUUGC